AGCUCAACCUUAAUUCCCAGUAAGAUAUGCUUCUCUCGUCUGCGUAAAUUCUCCCUCGUCUUGAAUCUGCUGCCCCGCGAUACCAUCGCCCCUACCGGCCCACCACGAAAUGGUCGCCAACGACACUGUGCACCAGCGGAUCGAGUCCUCUGUCUUUGUUAAACUCAACGCGUCUGGCCGCCCCUUCCAAGAGCGCUAUGUCGCUCACAUCAAGGUCUGGGAGGCGGCGCAGGAUGGCAAGGGGAGGAAGUCAAGAUACAUCAUCCUGUCGCAGGCAAGCAACGGGUCGGGGUUCAUACACAAGGCAAAGCUAAACUGCAAUGGCGCGUUUUCUGUUGGGAAGACUUGGAAGCUGGAAGAUCUCCGCGAAGUGGAGGUUGUGAACUCGCUGGUUUUCGAGGUCACGCCGAGCGCGAGCACGUACAAAUGGCAAGCGGACGACGCCAUAGAGCAAACCAAGUUCGUCGCCUCUCUUAUCAAGCUCUUCCAGUUUGUGACUGGAGGAGCUGUUCCCUUGCGCCUCAUUGGCGUGAAAGCUCCCGAUCAUCCCUCAUCGCCCAAAGGGCACCCUCCGUUCACCUCGACACGGAUGCAUCGCAUGCUGAAUACGAGCGACUCGACGCUCAGCCAGGACGAAUUAAGCACUCCGACGAGUGGUAGUCCCCGAUCUACCACGCCUGUCAAACCUGGGCCCCCCAUCGUCAUUUGGAAACGUCCAAUUGAUGUUUCCCAGCUCCCACCCAUACCGCCCACACCUAUGCCCGCCCGACCUGGCUGAGCUUCCACGUUCGUUAACAUUUCUCAUAGCUACCACUGAUUGGGGUCGCAGGGCCCCAACGCCUAAUGUUUUGCUCGGGCUUAUUCAUUAUGACAUCGACCUAGGUCACUGUGCAUAUAUAAAGUAGAUGUCUCGUGAAGGCCCCCAGAUUAUUUGUUUUGUUUGUGAAUGCUCCGUAUGUAGCCGUUCGUUAUUUAAUCGCUCUGCUACAUCUAGUUGUUGCCGUUAUCGAUAUUGAUCAAAUGGAUUAUUUU